ACAUGCGGCAAGCCCCACCCCCAGCAGCGUUGCUUCUCCCGCCUUGACGACGCCUGGCGUGAGGAGAUGGGUGCAGAGGUUGAGACCCCUCGCUGGUUUGAUCUGCUUAAGAAGGGUGUAGACAUCUUUGCUCUUGACUAUGAUGCUAUUCUUUCUGCCAUGUAUGCAUUGUCUGUUAGUGCUGAGGGUGACUGCUACCUGUGUCUGCCGCCUGAUCCAGGUAUAGAGCCAGCAGCUCUUGGUGCGUGCGAGUCUGAGCUCUCAGGUACCGUGUCCGCUGCCUCAGGUGCGGGUGAGUCUGCGCUGUCAGGUACUGUGCCUUCUACCGCCUUGCACACCUUCACUCUUGACUCAGGUGCUUCCAGGUGUUUCUUCCGUGACAGCACAGCCCUCACACCGCUCCCUGCACCAGUUGCAGUCUCCCUGGCUGACCCCUCGGGGGGUCCAGUCCUUGCACGGUCUACCACUAUGCUUCCUUGCCCAGCGGUCCCGUCUGGUUCGCUGUCAGGUCUCCACCUCCCCUCGUUCUCUACGAACUUGGUGAGCAACGCUGUCCUUCAGGACCACUGGGUUGAUACCUUCACCCCUGGAGUACAGCGUGUGGCGAUCUGCACGUGCUCCAGGACUGGGCGACACCUGGCCACGUUCACGCGUGCGCCAAGGUCGAGCCUUUACACACUGACCACUGUGUCACCCCAGGUCGCUGCUGUCGGUCAGGCGUCUGUGUCAGGUCAGCUAGACUCCCCUUGCUCGUGUCGCUCCCUGUCGCACCAGACCGUUCUGUGGCACCACCGUCUGGGCCACCCCUCCCUGCCCCGUCUUCGUGACAUGCACCGUCGCGUCCUUGUGUCUGGUCUUCCCCGGACCCUGCCUCCCCUCCCUGCUUCGCCUGCCACGGCCUGCCUUCCUUGCGUCGAGGGGCGGCAGCGCGCCGCUCCUCACUCCUCGAUUCCUCCGACAGAGGCUCCGCUGCAGACUCUCCACAUGGACGUGUGGGGCCCCGCCCGUGUCAGCGGACGGGGUGGAGAGCGGUACUUCCUGCUGGUCGUUGACGACUACUCGCGCUACACCACGGUCUUCCCCUUGCGCACCAAGGGUGAGGUCCCUGCUGUCCUGAUCCCUUGGAUCCGAGCAGUUCGUCUACAGCUACGCAGGAGGUACGCCGCACAGCAGCUCAACCUCUGGCCCCGUGUCUCCGUUCCGGAGACCUCGCCCACACUGCGGUGGACGGGGGAGGUUGGAGAUGCGUCGGUGUUCCGGGUCUGGGGUGCCCGUGCUCUUGUUCGUGAUACGUCCGCGGACAAGCUCUCCUCCCGCACCCUUUCCUGUGUCUUCCUCGGCUUUUCGACUGACGCGCCUGGCUGGCAGUUUUACCACCCCGCCUCGCGCACUGUCCUGUCUUCUCAGGACGUCACUUUUGACGAGUCAGUCCCUUUCUACCGCCUUUUUCCCUACCGCACUGCUCCUCUCCCUCCCCCGCCGCUCUUCCUCGCUCCAGGUCCCCCUCCGGUAGACCCCCUUCCCCCCCAGGGUCCUGCUCCUUCAGGUGUGUCUCAGGUAGACCCACCUCCCUUAGCUGAGCCUGUCGAGGUCACUAGCGUCUCAGGUGCUGCUGAGGGUGGUACUGCUCAAGGUGCUGCGUCUGGAGGUGCUGAGCCACGGCGUGAGGUUCUGGAGGGUGAGGUGCCUGCGGGUGCUGAGCCGGUGCGUGAGGUGCUGGAGGGUGCAGAGCCUAGGGGUGCUGAGCCGGUGCGUGAGGUACUGGAGAGUGCGGAGCCUGGGGGUGCUGAGCCGGUGCCCGGUGCGUGA